AUGGAGAAGCGCAUCAUGGAGAAGGUCGCAGCCAAGUCUUCCCCUCCCGCGGGUGCCGCGGCCAACGGAGGCGGAGGCGGCGGCUCGGCCCAGGCUGGAGGCGGUGGUGCUGAAGCUCAAGACGCACCGCCUUCGGACGACGACAAGCUACGUGUUAAAGUGCAGCACUUGGAGGAGUCAUUGCAAGCCCUUCGCAAGUGUGAUGGAGUACCAGCGUCAGCUAUCGAGAUCGUGGAGAGCGAACUCAAGGUGGCGCGGGCGGAGGUACAGUCCAAGAAGCCAGUGUUGUCCCGAGCCACCACUUUGGGUCACAAGCUGGCGGAUAAGCAGAAGAAGUUCGAGGCUCUCGACAAGUCUAUUGCGGAGCAGAACAAGGUCGUGGAGCAGGCCCAGCGGACGCUGGCGGAGCUCAAUGAACGACAGCGCAGCCUGCGCGUGGACAUCGACGCACUCAAGAUUGAGCUGCAGGCCGCGAUGCAGCAGGUGGCGCCCUCAGCCCCUGAGCAGCAGGUGGAGGUCGACCUUGAGUUGGACCCGACUGUGCUGGAGGGCCCUGAGGCUGAGGGGGUCAAGACGAUGCUGGCCUCUCCUGAGUUUGCCAAGUUCAAGGAGCUCUACGCGGCCAAGGCGGCUGCUGCGCGGGACCAGCAGCAG